UCUGAUUAUAAUAUUAUUUUUUUCAUUUUUAAAUUUAAAUUUUUCCUUUACUCUUCUCCAUCAUUUUCUCCCCAAAAUUCCAAUCAUCAAUUUCCUCCAUUUCCCAAAUUUCUUCGCCUUAGCUGUGCCGAAAUCCGCCGACCGCAGCCUGAAUAUCAAAUCCAGUUUGGAUUCUCUGCUAACGGCGGUCGGCUAGGCAGCACACACAGUUUUCGCGGCGUUUGAUUUUAGGGUUUGCGAAUAAUAAUAAUUAAAAAAAAACAUCAUACAAAUUCAAUGAGUUUUCAAGAUCUUGAAGCCGGUAGGGGAGCUGGAAUCCGAAGGGGUUUCGUAAAUGGGAAGCAGGACCCGACCCAGGCGGUGGCCUCCGGCAUAUUUCAGAUCACCACGGCGGUUUCCACCUUCCAGCGCCUCGUCAACGCCCUCGGUACACCCAAGGACACGCCUGAGCUCCGUGAAAAGCUGCAUAAAACUCGGCUGCAUAUUGGACAGUUGGUGAAGGAUACCUCAGCUAAACUUAAGCAAGCUAGUGAAACAGACCAUCGUGCUGAAGUUAGUACAAAUAAGAAAAUAACGGAUGCUAAACUCGCUAAAGAUUUUCAAGCAGUUCUGAAGGAGUUCCAGAAGGCACAAAGACUUGCAGCUGAGAGAGAGACAACGUAUACUCCGUUUGCCCCUCAAGCAGCACUUCCCUCUAGCUACACAGCUGGUGAAGUUGAUGCAAGUUCAGAUAAGACUCCAGAACAGCGUGCACUUCUUGUUGAAUCUAGAAGACAAGAGGUUUUGCUAUUGGACAAUGAAAUUGCAUUCAACGAGGCCAUUAUAGAGGAAAGAGAGCAGGGAAUACAAGAGAUACAACAGCAAAUUGGUGAAGUGAAUGAGAUUUUCAAGGAUCUUGCUGUAUUAGUUCACGACCAAGGAACUAUGAUAGAUGAUAUUGGCUCCAACAUUGAGGGUGCUCAUGCUGCAACUGCACAGGGAAAAUCCCAGUUGGUCAAAGCAGCUAAAACCCAGCGGUCAAAUUCAUCUCUGGUGAGUUACUUGCUUAUUACUUGUGAUAUUCGGCAUUGUUCUUCUGAUAGUGGUUAUAGUACUGGCUGCCUAAUCGAGGACUCGUACUGGAAUUCAGAGAAUCUGGAAAGAUGAUGUUGAAAGUGUGUUGUGCUGCUUGUUGGAUCAAACAUUAUAUGACAAAAUCUCUCUAUAUAUAAUAGGAUGGCUUUGAGAAUCUGCUCGUUUCAUUUGUAAAUUCUGGUGUGUUACUCAGUUUCGUGUGGUAUUGGUGUGCAGUGUGCUUUGUGUCUAAUAAGUUUGUGUUCUAUUGGCAUGUUUUUUUCUUCAGAAAUUUGCUUCUUAAAUCGUUGAUAUAAAUCAAAACAAAAUAUCAUUGACCAUCUCCAGAAUCUUAUUUGUUUUCAUUCUUGACCAACGCUGU